UUACUAGAUGCAUCCCUCUUUACCACAGUCCCUCCUUUCCGGUCCUUCGAAUAUUCGCCCCGUCACCUCAAUGCUCACGUGUCGAACUGCGGUGCGGCCAAGCUGCCAUUUGCUCAAAUCUCCCCAACAUCUCCUUCGCCGCCCCCGACAGCGAGCUUUCCAUCCAUCAUCACCUUGCCACGGCCCCCUCGUCGACCUCCUUACAAGCGACGCCCAUCUCCUUUACAAUGGCAUGCACUCUCUAGGCCUUCCCUGGGCUUGUGCAAUUCCAGCAAGUGCGCUGUUUGUGCGGGUCUUUAUCCUAAGCCCAAUUUCCUACUGGGCACUCAAAGCCAAACAGCGGAGAGCCGAUGUCCAGCCCCUCGCGUCAGCUGCGACAGCCAUAGCCCUCAGAAAUUUACAGACAGUAGCAGCUCGCCAAGAACGGAAAAACGUAACAAUCCUCUACGACCAGAUCCGUAAAUGGCAGCAAAACGUUGUCCAUGGCCAGCAAAAACGAUGGCGGAUUAGCUUAGGGUAUAGCUUUAUCCCAAUCAUCACCCAGCUUCCUGUUUUCUUGAUUAUGGCGGAAGCCCUUCGACAGAAGCUUGGAAUUGGCAAUGGUCUCCUUGGGAUGGUGACCAAUGGUAUAGCAAAUAUUUUGAGUGCCAUAGGAAAUGCUGUAAAUGGCACAAGAGACUCUCUAACGGGCGCGCCCAUAUCGACAGAGGACACUUCUGUAAUCCAGUCCGGGGAGAUAGCCACGAGCGUCGAAGUUAGCCAAUACCUGGAGCCCAGUCUCGCGGAUGGAGGCAUACUCUGGUUUCCAGACCUGACCGUCGCAGAUCCGCUGCACUGCCUGCCCUUCGUCAUAUCUGGUCUUACCUUUUACAACAUCUGGAGUGGUUCGCGAGAUGUGGAGUCAAGAAUGACCCGUCCUCUGUUAGUGCUUGCUGUUUGCAUGGGUCCAAUACUAUGGGACGCACCCGCUGCCCUGUUGCUCUACUGGAUAGGGAGCAAUGUUUCUGCUUCAGUCGCCAACAAGGCGUUGGAACGGAAGUGGCCUAUGAGAGUAGCCCCGAAGGCAUGCAAACGACCGCUAUGGAUACCACGUCGGAAGUUCAACCUGCACAAGUAGCUUGCCCGCCUUUUGCACCUACGCAUUCUACCGUCACGUACAGUACUUAGUCAAGAAGCUGUAAGCUCAAGUCACCACUGAUUGGAUACUUCCUCAAUAGGGGAUAUGAAACCGAAGCGCGGUAAAACGGAUGCCGCUGUAGGCUAGAUACACAAUUGAA